AUGCAUGUGCAGUGCGAUGGUGAUUGCAAUGUCUGUGGAUCUAUUGGGGAGGCGUGCCAGGUGAAAACUGUUUCAGUGGGUCACUCAGUCAGUCUCAGCUGUAAGACCAGCAGGGCUGUAAACCUUUACGGACAUAGACAGAGGUUGGCCUGGUAUCAACAGAAACUUGGAGACACUCUUAGACUCCUUACAUAUUUCAUCAGUACCCGUAACUCUGGGAUACCAUCUAGAUUCAGUGGCAGUGGAUCUGGGAGUGACUUCACUCUGACCAUCAGUGGAGUCCAGGCUGAAGAUGCAGGAGAUUACUACAGUCAGAGUGCACACUACUUAAGUGCCAGGAAUGAAUCACCGUGGUGGACAUUUGGAAGAGGCACAAAACUGGUGCUGAAAACUGGUCCCUCUGUCAGGCCCACAGUGUCUCUGCUCCCCCCGUCCUCUGAGCAGCUCUCUGGGAGCUCGGCUACUCUGGCCUGCCUGCUGAGUGGCUACUCCCCCCAGGGGGCGAUGGUGAGCUGGGAGGUGGACGGAGCGGAGGUGAAGGAGGGGAUCCUGACCACCACAGAAGAAGAGAAGGGCGGCCGCUACAGCCGCAGCAGCACCCUGACCCUGAGCAAGGCACGCUGGGAAGAGGGGGAGGUGUACACCUGCAGGGUCGCCCAUGAUGACACCAGUGAUGCGGCCGCCUUCCGUAAAAGUCAGUGUAGCAUCUAGAGACAGGAGAAGCCAUUGUAGGGGUCUAGAGAGUCCCAACAUGGUGCUAGUUCUGGAAACAUUACUGUUUUACAGCUGAAUGUUACAGCAUAAUAGUGAAUAGUAUCAGUAGUGCUGUGUGCUAAAUUAACUAUUUUGAGACUCAGUUGUUCAUGUCUUCUUGCCUUUGAAUUAAAAUAAAGCUUGUUUUGAUUGAAAACUAA